UUAAGAUGGCUGCCAAAAGUUUUGCUUCCCGUCUCAGAGGCUCCCGGCACCUUUUGAGUGCCUUCGUGGCCGGAGCUGUAGUGGGCGCCGCGGGAGCCGGGUUCACGGCCGUUCAGUUCCUCCGGAGUCAGGGCGCUGAGGCGGCGUUGGCGGUGAGGGAGCCCGGCGGUUCUGCAGAAAAGGCUCUCUUGGAACAAUUUGGAUUCCCUUUAACUGGAACAGAAACUAGGUGUUACACUAAUCAUGCUUUGUCUUAUGAUCAGUCAAAGCGGGUGCCUAGAUGGGUUCUUGAACAUAUAUCCAAAAGCAAGAUAAUGGGUGAUGCAGACAGAAAACAUUGUAAAUUCAAGCCUGAUCCCAACAUCCCUCCAACCUUCAGUGCCUUAAACGAGGACUAUGUUGGAAGUGGGUGGUCACGAGGACACAUGGCUCCAGCAGGAAAUAACAAAUUUUCAUCUAAAGCCAUGGCUGAAACAUUUUACCUUUCUAAUAUUGUGCCACAGAAUUUUGAUAAUAAUGCUGGAUAUUGGAACAGAAUAGAAAUGUACUGUCGAGAACUGACAGAGAGGUUUGAAGAUGUUUGGAUAGUCUCUGGACCAUUGACCUUACCUCACACUGCAAGUGAUGGAAAGAAAACAGUUAGUUACCAGGUGAUUGGUGAGGACAAUGUGGCAGUCCCCUCACACCUUUAUAAGGUGAUCCUGGCUCGCAGAAGCCCGGUGUCGACUGAACCUCUGGCACUGGGUGCCUUCGUGGUGCCCAAUGAAGCCAUUGGCUUCCAACCUCAGUUAAGUGAAUUCCAAGUGAGCCUUCAGGACCUGGAGAAGUUGUCAGGACUGGUGUUUUUUCCUCAUUUGGAUAGAACUAGUGAUAUCAGGAAUAUCUGCUCUGUAGACACCUGUAAGCUCCUGGAUUUCCAGGAGUUUACUCUGUACCUGAGCACAAGAAAGAUUGAAGGGGCCCGAUCAGUACUCAAACUGGAAAAGGUCUUGGAAAAUUUGAAGAAUGCAGGGAUUGAACCAGAUGAUUACUUCAUGAAUCGCUAUGAGAAGAAACUAGAAGAACUCAAAGCUAAGGAGCAGUCAGGAAUGCUGGAGAGAAAGCCAUCUUAGUUUUUAUCUCAGAAGAUGUGUGAUAUCAUCUGUGGUGAAGCAGGCAUGCCCUCUUCAAGCUAAUGUAUUUUAGAGGGCUUGCUUUAAAGAAAUGAUGGAACUCUAAAUUGAAGAUAAAAUUUCUCCCUAAAUGAUGAAAAAUCUAAAAUUUUCUGGUCAGUAUUUUAUUUGACCUAGGAACUGAUUAUUAAGGAAACUGUCACACCUGCAGAGGGAGGGCUGAUCUUGUGUCAAGUUAACAGGAGGACUGUGUCCACAGGCUGACACUGUGUUUGCGUCCCUCUGGAUGUAUGGUAUGUGAAGGCAUUUUAUUUUUGUGUCUCCAAAUUGUACCAUGUGUUUGAUGUAUCUGUCAGGCUUCUUGGAACCCAAUAUUGUACAUUUUCUUUCCCUAGCUCCUGAGUUGAUCUUAGAGCUUUUAGAAAUCCUCUAUGCAUUAUCCUGCCCACAUGUAUUAUAUAUUUAUUUCUUGUUCCUCCUCUUGUGGACCUGCCUUUCCUCCACUUCUGUCAUAUAGAAGCACUCACAAUUAUGUUUUCUGCUCACUUAGUGUGUUCUGUAUGCUGAGCUCAAUGUAUUAUCUUACAGUGACCCUCUGAGGUAAAUACCAUGGGUACUUACUGCACCCAUGAGGAAAUUGAGGCUUAGAUACCUUGCCCAAGGUUCACCUUUACAGAGAAGUAACCCACAAGGUAUGAGGCAUGCAGGGCUAAGAGAAGAAAGACAGCAUGAGGUAGAUUCAAAUCUUUCUUGACACAGAGACUUCUGACUCAGAAAUAACACACCUAUGUGGGUAUCUGUGAUCCCGGAGCCCGCUGGGUUAGAGGGGUCUGGUUUCUUGUCUGCCAUCAAGCCAGAGUGUCCUCUGACUUGAAGCCUCCUUAGCUCUUUAGGAAGAAACAGUCACAGGCAUUUGAAGAGGACAGUGCUUUGUGUGGUUCAUCAGAGGCCCUACUUGCCUCCAGGGAUGCAAUUCUUUUAGUGACUAGAUGGUGCCAAAUUGAUGCAUUCUUUUUUUCCCAAGUGAGCUUUUUGUUCCAAAGAUUAUGGAGCCUAAGAAGGGUGUGUGCCCACAGAUCCACCAGCCCAUGAUUUGCUUGCUUUGUGCCUGCUUGGCUACCCAGGGAGCAUAGGGCAGUUGGUGCUUUGGACCAAAGACCCAAUGACAGUUAGGUCUGGAGGAAGCAGUGGCUGUUUUUCUGAGCCAGAUCUCUAGAUUUAGGUUUAUGCAGAAUCCUUUCAUAGGCCAUCAUAAGUAUAAGCAGUAAAAUAUCUUAAAUAGGGCAUAGGAACUUGUCGAAAUGUGUCUCAUCACUGCUCUCUUUCCAACUGAUAUUACAAGAACAGUUUUUGUGGCGUUGUGUUUGUCUCACAGAAAUGCUGAGGCUUUACAAUAAAGGUAAGAUGAUAAUGA